CUACAACACCCGUGAGAUUGGCAGGAAAUAAGUUCGGCGAACGCGCGACAGGGAAGCGAUUGGGGCUCAGCGUUGACCGUAGGGGAGAGGCGGCCACGCGCGGCGGCGGGGGUCAGCAGCGAGUGGGGAACAGCAGCUGCCAGGAAGGAAGAACGACGGCAAACGAACCCUAAUUAGCUAGCGGAAGAGGGGAAUCCCAGUCCACUCGCUCCAGGCCCUCGCGUGGAGAUUCCAGUUCUGCAGAUCGAGUGAGCGAGAGAGUGGAGGUGCGUGAGAUUGCGAAGAAGAUUCAUUACUGUACAACAAGCGGAAUAUAUGCACGCAUUCAUAUGCAGGUAUUUGUAAUAUUAUUAUGCACCUAAAAGCCAGCCAGUAGAGGGUUGUCAAUAUGGACAUAGAUCUUAGAUUACAGUCUGGAGAUCACGAUAGAGAAGAAGAAACAAAUGGUAUUGUUAACUUGCGUGAUCAUGAAGAGAGACUCAAUGUUGUUGGUGUGGGUGGGGAUAUGGUCAUUGAGGAAAAGAUACAUAUUGAAGAUGGAGGAGGUAUGAACUCUUCCUUAGCCGAUAUGACAGAGUUUAAAGAGGAUGUGAAUCUUGAGCCACUUGCUGGUAUGGAAUUUGAAUCACAUGGGGAGGCAUAUGCUUACUAUCAAGAAUAUGCCAGGUCAAUGGGGUUUAACACUGCAAUACAAAAUAGUCGCCGUUCAAAGACAUCAAGAGAAUUUAUUGAUGCUAAAUUUGCAUGCUCUAGAUAUGGUACUAAACGUGAAUACGAGAAGCCUGUGAACCGCUCACGCAGUAGACAGGGAGGCAAGCAGGACCAAGAAAAUGCAACCGGCCGGCGGGCAUGUGCAAAGACAGACUGCAAAGCGAGCAUGCACGUUAAGCGAAGACCUGAUGGGAAAUGGAUUAUUCACAGGUUUGAAAAAGAUCAUAACCAUGAACUCUUACCUGCCCAAGCCGUCAGUGAGCAGACUAGGAGGAUGUAUGCUGCAAUGGCUAGGCAAUUUGCGGAAUACAAAAAUGUUGUCGGUCUAAAACACGAUUCCAGAAGUCAGUCUGAUAAAGUUCAGAAUUUGGCUAUGGAAGCAGGCGAUGCUAAUAUUUUGCUUGAAUUUUUUAUCCAUAUGCAGAGUAUGAAUUCAAACUUCUUUUAUGCUGUAGAUGUAAAUGAAGAUCUACGUUUAAGGAAUUUUUUCUGGGCUGAUGCCAAAAGCAGACAGGAUUAUGUGAAUUUCAGUGAUGUUGUGUCUUUUGACACUACCUAUCUUAGAAACAAGUACAAAAUGCCGCUAGUACUCUUUCUCGGGGUGAACCAGCACUAUCAGUUCAUGUUACUUGGAUGUGCUUUGCUUUCUGAUGAAAGCUCAGCCACAAUUUAUUGGGUGAUGCAGACAUGGUUGAGGGCGAUGGGUAAUCAAGCUCCCAAAAUCAUAAUCAGUGAUCAAGAAAAGGUCAUGAAGACAGUUAUUUCAGAAAUCUUUCCAUCAACCCUCCAUUUCUUUUGUCAGUGGCAAGUGAUUGGGAAGGUGGCAGAAAAUCUAAGUCAUGUCAUUAAGAACAACGAGGAGUUCAUGACAGAGUUUGAAGAUUGCAUUUACAGGUCAUGGACAGAUGAUGAAUUUCAAAAGAGCUGGCAAAACCUCGUUCAAAAUUUUGAACUUGAAGAAAAUGAAUUGAUACAGUCACUGUAUGAAGACCGGAUGAAAUGGGUGCCCACAUUCAUAAGGAAUGCAAUUUUAGCCGGCAUGUCUACAAGUACACGAUCAGAGAGUGUGAACUCUUUCUUUGAUAAAUAUGUGCAUAAGAAGACAUCAAUCCAGGAGUUUGUGAAACAGUAUGAAGCCAUCUUACAAGAUAGGUAUGAAGAGGAAGCAAAGGCAGAUUCUGAUACGUGGAACAAACCGCCCACUUUGAAGUCUCCAUCACCAUUUGAGAAGAACGUGGCAGGGGUGUACACAAAUUCCGUGUUUAAGAAGUUUCAAAUUGAGGUUGUGGGGUCCGUUGCCUGUAUUCUGAAAGAACAGAAGCGAUACGAGAAGAUUGUGACUUUUAAAAUCCAAGAUUCUGAAAAGAAGCAAGAAUUCAUGGUGAUCUUGAAUGAAAUGAAGUCAGAAGUGUCUUGUAUGUGCCGUUUGUUUGAGUAUAAAGGUUUCCUUUGCAGACAUUGCCUGGUUGUUCUUCAACUCGGUGGCAUUGCUAGCGUCCCUCAACAGUAUAUCUUGAAACGGUGGAGAAAAGAUGCCAAGUCACGAUACCCUAUGAUAGAUGGAGCUGAAGGUGUGCAGUCUAGGGUUCAAAGAUACAAUUUUUUAUCGCAACAAGCAUUGAGAUUGGCUGAAGAAGGAUCUUCAUCUCAAGAAAGUUUCACAUUUGCUCUUCGUGCACUUGAAGAAACUUUAGGGAAUUGUUCGAAUGUUAAUAGCUCAAAUAAGAAUCUUGUUGAUACUGGCACUUCAUCUACUCCGGGAGGUUUUCUAUGCAUAGAAGAAGAUAACCAAAGUAGAAGCAUGAGUAAGAUGAAUAAGAAGAAAAAUAAUCCCACUAAGAAAAGAAAGGCCAACUCUGAACCAGAUGUUAUGACUGUUGGAGCACCAGACAGUUUGCAACAGAUGGACAAGUUAAACUCUAGACCAGUAACUCUGGACAGUUAUUUUGGCCCACAACAUGGUGUACAAGGCAUGUUGAACUUGAUGGCACCAACUCGUGACAACUACUAUGGGAACCAGCCUCCCAUGCAAGGGCUAGGCCAAAUGGACUUCUUCCGAACCCCAAGUUACCCGUAUUGCAUUCGGGAAGAACCAAACAUAAGAUCUGCACAGUUGCACGAUGAAGGGUCAAGACAUGGCUGAUGACAAAUUUAAUUGCAAUGUGUAGGCUGGUGUUGAUCUUGAUCUGGAAAUAUAUUUAAGAAUACAGUAGGAUUUGUGCUUUGUGACUAAGGGGUUCCUCUUUUUAAAGCAUGCCUGGAUCUUGUGAAAUAGAGGGCAGAAAUGUAGAAGAAAAAUAAUAUAAUCCUGUAAAGUCUGUUGCAUUUGUUGUGAUCAUUCUCAAAGAUAAAAUCAAGCAAGGGAAGGUACCUGCAAUUAUAAAAAAGAAGAAGUAAGAGCUACAAUAUAAUAUAAUGGUAUUAUUUUUCCAUUUCUCUAUAUUAUGCAUGAUAUUUUGUACCUUAGGUAUCAAAAUAGGCACCCCAACCCCACCACAGCAAGGAGGUAAACAAGGAUUAUGGGUGCAUUUAGUUAGUUGUAGGUUGUAUGACUUGUAUCCACAUUUCUAGUUUUGUAUGAAUUAGGAUCAGGAU